AUGCCUUUCCUCAUCUGGUGCCAGUACAGGGAACUGCUGAGAGUUGCUAGGAUGUGGCAGCUCCUGAAACUACUGAAAUGGCAGAGAUCCCACACAAGCACAGAAGAUGCUGGCCCUGGGGAAUUAGUGUUAUUUUGUCCAGCAUGUCCCCAACCCAGCAUCAACAUUCCUGAAGAUGCAAUGGAUUAUUCCCAUUGGACACUGGAAAGAAGCUUGGUCAUGGAUGGUAAUUUCAAGGCAGAGCAUAUGCAUCCAAAGGAUGCUGGCAGCAAAGCCUGGUUGAUGGAUGGAAAGGGGUACAUGGUUGCAUCACAGCCAUACAAGGAAUAUUUGAGCAGCACUAAAAAUGUGGUUGAGCAUGGCUGUUUUGUGCCACAUGCAAUGGUUGACUUCCAGAAGGGCAAACAGCAGGUUAACAUGGACUAUGUGCUUGUGCAUGCUGUCAGGCAUGGCACAGUCCCUGGCCAGCAAAUCUGCCCUGGCAUUGGGUUGUGGCAUGUUCAUGGCCACUGCACAGAAUGCUUUGCACAAUAUGCUCCCAAUUUCAUUGUGGGUGCUGGCUGGGUGGAUCGGGAGAUCAUGGAAACCUUGUGGCCCUCCCUGAAUAUCAUGUCCCCAUCUGCUAGAGGUGUGGCUACUCCUCAUUGGCAGGAGACUACAGCAAUGAGACUCAAGCAGAAACUCAAGGUUGCUGAGGAAUCUUAUUUAGUGGUUGAAGGCAGGUUUGCUGAUUUGAAUGGUAAUGUCCCACUGGCAAUCAGCCAAUCAUGGGGGGGAGAAGCAGCAGCAGCAUUGGACAACUGGCUGUCAAGGCUACAGGCCAUGGAUAUAUAUGAGGUCAGGCUGCAGAAAGGAUUUGGGCUGAGUGGUAAUGAAGCUCCCUCUGCAAAGGCAAUCAAGAUAGAUUUACUGGCCAUCCCUCAGCCAGGGCAUUUGCAGGGUAUGGUGACCUGGAUUGCCAAGGCAUUGAAGAUAGAAGAAGCACAAAUCCAGCUUGCAGUGGCAUGCUGGCACAUCAGCUCAAGAGCAACAGAAGCUCAAAAUCUCACCAUUGCAUGUUGCCAUGAUCAUCUCCAGUCCCAUAUACAUGGCAUUUUCAACACUGCCAAAAAACUAUUUGGGGACAGAUUCAAGGAUGCUGAGCUGUGCUGGUCAUCUAACCUGCAUGAUCCAGAAACCAUUGCAUUGCCACUGCCAUCCAAUGUUGGCAAAGAUCAUUUUGAACAAUCUGGCCUGGGGUAUGUGACACUAAUGGAGCUGCAACUGCAGCAAGGACAGGCCAAUGAUUGUCUUCAUGAACUGCAGCUUGUGCUUGCAGAGAAGGUGGUCAUCUUUCAAACCAACAUUCACCAUGGAAGUAAUUACCACAUGGCCAUGCAUGCCUGGGGAAGGGUGGCCAAUGCCAAAGCAGCCAUGCAACAUCAUGCCACUGUGUACUGCCAGUGCCACAUUCAAAUGGGCAGCAUGGCAGUAUCUGACCCAAAUGCCAGAGGUCACAGGGAUGAUACCCUACCUUGGAUCUGGACAAUGGAUGUACCAAGGGACAUGGCCACUAAUGAUUGGAUGUCAGAAUUUUACAGGGUCAAUUGGCUCUGGGUGAGAGUGCUGUGGGACAGAUGGAAGGAGGAGGUUCAGCUGUUGAAAUGCAAGCAGGAGUGGACUAACAACUUCUUUGAAAACAAGAGACCACUAGCUAUCUGCAAUGACAUCAUUCUUGAGAACUCCCAAAUGAUGCCAGGGUUCUCAAUCAUAUAUUGGUUGGUAUGCAUGCCACCAUGCAAAGCUGUGGGAAAGUUGGCCAACAUGCCAUUGGUAUCAACAUUUCCUGGCACAAGUGGCAAGCCACUGUUCCUGUGGUGGUGCAAUGGUUGA